AUGGCCAGCACGGCGUUGUUGGCGCUCUGCUCCACUGGCGCGUUCAGCGGGCUGGCCGUAGAGGCAGGUGCAGGCGUGUGCCACGCCACACCCGUCUAUGCGGGCCACUCGUGGCACGAGGCCACCUUCCGGCUGGACAUCGCAGGCAGCACCCUGUCGCGCUACCUGCGGGACUUGCUGGUGGCAACGUGCCCUGAUCCAUCGCUGCGGGCCUUGCCCCGCAAGGCCAUCACACAGCUCAAGAAGCGCUGCUGCUAUGUGUCGCUGGACUUUGAGGGUGACCUUCGUAACUCUGACCGCCACCAUCCGGUCAGUUUCUGUUUAGGCAACGGGUGCUCUUUCUGCCUCAGCAGCGAGCGCUUCCGCUGCCCGGAACCCAUCUUCCAGCCGAGUCUGCUAGGCCAGGCCGAGCCAGGACUGCCUGCACUGGCCUUCCAGGCACUGCAGAGGGUCCCUGCGACUCUAAGGACACGGCUGGCCGAUACCGUGGUGCUGGCCGGUGGUUCCACGCUUUUCCCUGGCUUCACUGAGCGCCUGGAAAUGGAGCUAGAGGCGCAGUGCCGGAGGCAUGGCUAUGGGGCACUGCGGCCUCACCUGGUGGCCAAGCCUGGGCGUGGCACAGCAGUGUGGACAGGUGGCUCCAUGGUGGCCUCCUUGCGUUCCUUCCAACAGCGCUGGAUAACCCGGGCCAUGUACCAGGAGUGUGGCUCCAGGCUGGUGCACGAAGUGUUCAACUGA